AUGCACCGCGCCGUUUCCUUUCUAGUCAUUUUCUUCUGGAUUUCGUUUUCGAUCGACAACGGAGCAGCACAACAAUGCAAUUGUCAGUUGUCGUGCGAUCAACGAAGAUGUCCGGAUUCGACAUGGAAGAAGUUUACGAGAACCAACGGACACGUCGUUUGCUUUAAGCCGGUGGAAAAAUCGAUGGAUUUUUUAACGGCUCUUACUUAUUGUGUGCAAUUGGUUGGAAAUGGUACAUUGAUGGGAAUCGAGAACCAGGAGGAGUUGGACUAUGUGAAGCAGCUCGGAAAAAAAUGGUAUCACAUUGGCGCGUACCGGAACCAGGACUGCAAUGCGAACCAGACAGAGCUUCUGAAGCGUCCUGAAUGCACGACUGACAAGAUGUUCCAAUUCUUUGAUGGUGUAACAAAAGGAACGUUCUUGUGGAAUAACCAUUGGAUAGAAGAGAAUCCGAAUUCAUACUACCGCAAUGGCGAGUACGAAAGUACUGUAGCGAUAUACGAUGGAUUGGUGGGAGAUUGGAGUAACGCUGAUGUUCUUCAAGGAGCUCUCUGCGGUGUCACGAUCUGCUAA